AUGAAGGAGGCGGGCGCGAGCGUGGUGCAGAGAGAAUUCCUGGUGCAGCGCGCGAUGUCGGAAGCGGCGACGGGGGAGGGAUGGUACAUGUUAGAGGUGCCCGAAACGCGGGAGAAUCAGGCCAAGGCGGCGAUUUUGGCGCUGAAUGGGACGAAACUGACGCGAGGGCAAGGCGAAGUCGUCGCGUGGGUGCCGCGCGUGCCGGCGGACGGUUUCUACGUCGCCGAGGAGGAUGCGGUGGGGAAGAGCGAGCUGGAGUUGUGUCAAAUGGUCGAGGAAGAGGACAUGAUUGAAAUGCUUCAGCCGGGGUACGUCUUGGUGCGAUGUGCGCUGACGCAAGAGCUCAUGGACGCCUUUGACGAUUUGCGAUCGGUUCGAGGGUUCGCCACGGGGGGAAGCUCGAGGUUCGGCAAGAAGAAGUACGAAAAGCUGAACACGCCGUUGACGAUGGACGAUCAAAUUCCACGCAUGAUCGAAAGGUGUCUGCCGGUGGUGAAAACCGAGGCGGACAUCGAGGCGGAAAAGGCCAGAGAGCAGGCGAAGGAGGUCAUGCGCGCCGAGCGCGGCGACGAAGCCGACGAAGCCGACGCCGGGGACAUGCGUCCGGUGGCGUCGCGCGAGGAAGCGUCGGGUUCGGUCGAUCGCGUGGAAGUGCACACUGGUCCGUUUAAAGGGUUUAAAGGUCACAUAGUCGCCAGAAACGACGACGGAUCGGUGGAAGCAACGCUCGCUAUUUUUGGAAGAGACACGAACGUGUCGUUAGCCGCGGACGAGUUCAACUGUAUCUGA